UGAAAACCCUGGCCUCUCUUAUCCACUCUCAAAAGAAAACCCCCAUUUUCAAUUUUGAAGAGCACACUCCUCUCUGCAAACUCCCAAAAGCCACAGUUUCAGUAAACAAGAAAAAAAUGGCGGUGUCUUUAGGACUUUUCUCAGCUUUCUCGACUGUACAAACGGCCUUAUUUUUGAAGUCGUCGUCGUCUUCUUCUUCUGUUAGGCUUGCCGGUAAUCUACGGGUGGUGACAUUCGCCGGCUCUGCGAAGCCAGCUACAACGGAGUCAAAGAAGAGAGAACCAAGAGGCAUAAUGAAGCCAGGUCGAGUUUCGCCGGAAAUGCAGGCCUUCCUCGGCGGACUUCCGGAGAUUCCUCGGACUCAAGCACUCAAGUUCAUUUGGGCUCACAUCAAACAACACAACCUUCAGGAUCCGGAGGACAAGAAGGUCAUAAUCUGUGAUGACAAGUUGAAGAAGAUUUUCGGAGGUAGAGAUCGGGUUGGAUUCCUUGAGAUCGCUGGAUUGAUUAGUCCUCACUUUCUCAAGUGAUCCAAGUUAAGAAAAACUAUGGAAUGAAAUCUCUCUUUUUUUCAUUUUUUCUUUUUGUGAAUUAGAUUCUAGAUUGGAUAUUUGGAGGAUAUAUCUUUUAGGACUCAAAUGUGCGUUUUUUAUUAAUUUAGCUCGGGUUGGUGCUUUGAAGGUGUCUCAACAUAUGACGAGACACAAGAUUAAAAGACAUUUUGGUAUAUUUUAUAUAUCUUUAGUUUAAGAUUA